GUUUUUUCCACUUGCGGAUUUUUCGUUGUGCGCGUGUUUUUCACUCGUUUCAGCUGCAUUUGCGGCCGCUGUGCAACGCCGGCGAAUCGAGAUGUCAUUGGCCUAGUCCGCGGCCACCUGCGAAGCCAGUCCGACCCGAAAAAGUUCGUCUAGAAGUGAUAAAACAUAUGCUUGCUUUACGAUUUAAUAAAUAUUGGUGGCGUGUUUUAUGGUACCAAUUAUGAGCUAAACUCAUCCUUAGACCCCAUUUAUGGAUUUAACCAAGUAUAAACCCUUUUUUGGAGCAAUCGGGUUAUUGGCCCACUCGAUAGUCUUUUCCAGAGGCCGAGGGUAUUUUGUGCAGUUCCUGCUACGGUCACUCUGGGCGUUUAGCGAAGAUUAUUUUGUGCUAAUUUUGAGCAGAAAUCGAACCAACAGCCGUGUUAAUUGGAAAGGAGUGGAGUUCUUAGGAGCUGUUACACCUGGCGGAAAUAGAGGGCAAAAUUGUAAAAUAGAAGCCGAAAGCAACUGCGAAAUGAACAAGGCUGACGUCAACCGCCGUGUUUUGGCCAUUCAGGCGAAGAAGAAACGCCAUAAGAACAACAAGAAGCGGGGCAAGCAGAACGGCCAGGAGCAGCAGUCGAAUCCCGGCCAGAACUUGAAUCCCAAUUCCCAGUCGAAUCGGAGCAGCGAGAACUUGCAGGCACCGGAUAAUGCUAAUAAUAGCCAUGCGGAUGCGCCCAUUUCGGCCGCCUUUAGGAAGGUCACUGCAACGGCAACGGCCUCCACAUCCAGCGGUGGAUCAGGAGGCACCCCCGAACAAUAUCCACCAUCCCAGUCGCAGUCGCAGUCUCAAGUGCAGGUCAAGUCCAAGUCAAAAUCAUCCAACUCACAGAAGGAGCACCUGCAGCAGCAGCAGCAGCAGCAGGCACCGCGGAGCAGCUCCAACGAGUCGUACGAAUCCGAGCUGAACAGCGAGAACGAGGAGCAGGAGCUCAAGGAGGACUACUGCAAGGGUGGCUACCACCCCGUCAAUAUCGGUGACCUGUUUCAGGGGCGUUACCACGUCAUCCGAAAAUUGGGCUGGGGCCACUUCUCCACCGUCUGGCUGUGCUGGGAUCUGCAGGAGAAGAGCUAUGUGGCAAUCAAGAUUGUCAAGUCGGCGCCGCACUUUGCUGAGACGGCCAAGGAUGAGAUUAAGAUACUCAGGACGGUGCGCGAGACGGAUCCAUCGAAUCCACGUCGCCAGAAGACAGUCCAAAUGCUGGACGACUUCAAGAUCACCGGCGUUAAUGGCACCCACAUUUGUAUGGUGUUCGAGGUGCUCGGCGACAAUUUGCUAAAGCUCAUCCGGAAGUCCAACUACCGCGGCAUCCCGUUGGGCAACGUAAAGACCAUCACCCGUCAGGUGCUGGAGGGUCUGGACUAUCUGCACACAUGCUGCAAGAUUAUCCACACGGACAUUAAGCCCGAGAAUGUGCUACUGUGCGUGGACGAGCCGCAUGUCCGUUCGCUGGCCACUGAAGCCACCCAGCUGUACUGCAUGAACUCCAAGAUGUAUCCGUCAUUGGUGAGCCGAGCGCCCAAGGAAUAUCGCGAGCCGCCCAUCACUGGCAAAAUGAGCAAGAAUCGAAAGAAGAAGCUCAAGAAGAAGGCCAAGAAGCGCAUGGAGCUGUUCAAGAAGCAGAGGGACUACCUGGAGCAGGCGGGCGGCCAGACGGGCGAGGGCCAGGAUGCUGGCGAGGAUCAGACGGACUUCGGCGUUAACCAUAAUGAGGUGCAGAACGGCGAUGCUGGCAUCUCCGAUGGGGAUGAGUACUUUGAGGUGAAGCAGGAGCUGGAGGACAAUGAAGAUGACGAUGAUGAGGAUGUAGCUGCUGAGCAGCCAAUACGCAAGGAGCGCCACGAGCGAAAGGAGCGUCCGGAGCGCAAGGAGCAGGCACAGCAGCAGGAAUCGCUGGCUGAGGGCGCUGACAAAGCCAAAAAGAAGAAGAAAAAGAAGAACAAAAACAAAUCUAACCAGCUGCAAGCUCAGCAGCCUCCGCAACUGGAGAACUCCACGAGCAGCGGCGACAGCAGCAGCGCCCUCAAGAGCCACCAGACCAAUGGCAGCAGUAGCAUUAGCAACAGCAACUCCAACAGCAACUCGAGCGGCACAUUGAAAGGACAAUCAAACGGCAAGAAGAUGCCGUUGCGACCCAAGCAGGAUAAACAAUUGGAUAAGCAGCAGCAGUCAUCGAAUCAGCAGCUGAACAACAACAACUCUAGUUCUAAGCCCAACUCGAAUAGCAAUUCGAAAAUCUCAAGCGGUUCCGUGGAGAACUCAUCGUCGGCCACCAAUGGACCGUAUUCUGAGCCCAUGCUGCCACCGCCUCCUCCGCCACCGCAAGCAAAACACAGGGCCCGACGAGAUCCGGCGCUGGAGGAAUGCAGCGUUUUCGUUAAGAUCGCCGAUCUGGGCAACGCUUGCUGGGUGGAUCGCCACUUCACCGAGGACAUACAGACGCGCCAGUAUCGGUCGCUGGAAGUGAUUCUCGGUUCCGGCUACGAUACCUCGGCGGACAUUUGGAGCACUGCGUGCAUGGUGUUCGAGCUGGCUACCGGCGAUUACCUGUUUGAGCCGCACUCCGGCGAUACCUACUCCCGCGACGAGGACCAUCUGGCCCACAUCAUCGAGCUGUUGGGUCCCAUUCCGCGACACAUUGUGUUCCGCGGCACCUAUGCUCAGCAGUCGUUUAACCGGGCCGGCGAACUUCGGAACAUCACUGGCCUUAAACCCUGGGGCCUAAUGGACGUUCUGCUGGAGAAGUACGAGUGGUCGCAGAGUGAGGCGGAGUCUUUUGCUUUGUUCCUCAAGCCCAUGCUGGAGUUCGAUCCGGCCAAGCGGGCCACCGCCGCGGAGUGUUUGCAGCACCCGUGGCUUAGAUAAGAUACGAUGCAGCCUGGUUGUUGGCUGCGUGCCACCCAGCCAGCAACAGCAGAUGAUGCGGGAGCAGAAGCAGGAGCAGGGACGACAGCACUAAGAGCGGGAUCACCGGUGGUAACGGCGAAAGGAGGAGUUGGCGGGGGCUUUGUGGAAUCUUCGGCAUCGGUGGCUACUUUGGCUUCCAUCUCAUCAAUCGCUUCCACGUCGGCGGCAGCAAUGGCGGCGCUUAAGGCCCGUCCCUAUCUGGUUGCACCAUUCGUGACCACAGCCUCAGCACCACCCACACCGCAGCCCCACAUAUCCAUUUCAACGAGCACGGCCCGCACAGCGCCAGCCACGCCAACACGUCGUUGCACCGCCCCCGAGGAGGAUCUGGAUUUGGUGGAGGACUUUGAUGUGGCACUUGCUCAGAUGGAGGAGCCGCAGACGCAUGCCAAGACCAAGUCUCAGCGCUUUUUCUGGCGCAAGGCGCUACGCCGCGUCUUCCAACGACGCAAGUGACGGCGUCGCCGGCAGGACCUGCCCCGCUGGCAUCGUCCCGCCCGUCGCUGCCGUCGCCGGAACCUGGCCGAGCGGGUGAGGCGCAUCUGCGCCUGCUGUGCCUACGGCCAGAUCCUGCUGCGUGCAGCCCGCGUGGCCCUGCUCAGCUGCAUCCGCUGGCGAACCCGUGGCAACAUACGCAACAACAACUUUUACUUCAGCAACCACUAAAGCAUCAGCAUCAGAAGCCAGCCAGCCAAGCAAAAAGUCGUCUCCAGAGCAACAGUCGCUAAUCUCCGUGCUCCAGCUUACUCGAGUUAUGUUUAAAGUUAAUGAACAACCAUUCGAUAUAGUUUUACACACGCCAGCGCUUAAUUUAUUUCCUGUGUUUUACAUCGACAAUUAGACUAUUUUUGUUGCUUCAUAUGGAAUUAUAAAAUGUAUUACCGCCUACACCUACACGAACACUUCCCCACGAAUCCUGUACAUAUAGGGUCGAUAGUGCUCGAUCCCAUUAUUCAGUUUAGUUGAAGCGACGCAUAAGAAAGCGAGAGUAUAGCGAUAGCGCAUGCCGCAUACAAACCUAAAUACAUAGGCAUAUAUCUGUUACUGUACAUUUAGCCAAGAGGCGAAUCGGCAAAUACACAUUUAUAGCGUACAUAGUUAAA